AUCUUCGCAGCCGGGGACCGAUCGCAGCUACCGGCACUCCUACCGGAAGCCGAGCAGUACGAAACGGUUCAGCUUUCGCCGUCCCAGUUUCUGCUGCCGGGUCUGAUCGACUGCCACAUCCACGCGCCACAAGUUCCAAACAUUGGUCUAGGGCUGGAUAAGCCUUUGCUGGAAUGGCUAGAUUCCUACACAUUCCCCCUGGAAUCGAACUAUCGUGAUGCUAACUUUGCCGGACCCGUUUAUGAAUACGUGGUGAACACUACCAUUGCCAAUGGUACGACGACCGCGUGUUACUUCGCGUCGAUCUUUACCGAGACCAAUAAGAUUUUGGUGGAUGAGAUGCUGAAACAAGGCCAGCGAGGUUUCGUUGGAAAGGUAUCAUCGAACCGGAUGUGUCCCGACUUUUACAUCGAAUCUGAUACUAAAGCGUCGCUAAAAGCCAACGUAGAAUUCAUACGCUACGUGCUGGCUAAGAAGAGUGAUCUUGUGCGCCCGAUAGUGACUCCGCGAUUCGCCAUAACCUGUGACGAUGUUCUUCUUCGUGAGCUGGCGCAACUGGCCCGGGAAUACGAUCUGCCCGUGCAAACGCACGUUUCGGAAAAUCUGGGCGAAGUGGCCACGGUGAAGCAACAGUUCCCGGAGGCUCCGAAUUACGUCGGGGUCUACGAUGCGACGGGUCUGCUGACGAAUCGAACCGUGCUGGCACACGGUGUACAUCUGGAGGAUGCGGAGCUUCUGGUACUGGCUGACCGCGGUACGUCGAUAGCGCACUGUCCCAGUUCGAACACCAACCUGGGUUCGGGGUUCUGCGAUGUGCGCAGGCUGCUGGCAGCACGCAUCAAGGUCGGCCUCGGUACGGAUGUGUCCGGGGGAAGCGAA